AUGGCCGACGCCUCGGGCAAUCCUGCCGAUGGCUACUACAGUGGCCGUCCCCUGGGCCUGGAAUACGAUCCGCAACAAGUUCAGGCAGUGCCGGCACCGCCGCUGGAAGCAGCACAGCCGCAGCCACGGCAGGAUGUUGGCGACCAGGUCGCCAACCACACUCAUGUCCAUGGCGUUCCUGGAUACUAUAAAGGCCGCCCUAGCAACACCAACACUGCUGUAGCUCCUCUUUCAGCAACUGCUGCUGUUGCUCCUCCUCCUCCUGCUCCUGCUGUUGAACCUGAAAGGAAGCUGAGCUGGAUUGACAAAUGGCCGCUACAUCUUGACAACCAAGCUGCCAAAAACCAGCGCCGUGCUGCUAAACAUGUUCUCAAGCAUGCUGUCGACAUUCAGGGCGCCGUCACCCACGUCCCGGUUACGGUAGCAGGCCUCCCAGCUGCGGCGAGCCAUUUCCUUGAGGCACGCCACGUGCAGUUCUACAACCUCAUCGCCGUCCACGUAGCAGCGGUACGCCCAGAACCAACGGCGUUAGCCCUCAUCCUCUGGGCACAAGGCACACGGCCGCGACGCCCUCCGGUGGAGGUCGAAGGCACGGCCGUCAUGGAUAAUGCGGUCCGGCAGGGACGCACAGCACGGGUGGAUGUCGACGUCUUGAUCGGAGCAGUGGUAGGCGAAACCCCUCGUGGCCUCGCCACAGGCGUCGCAGACCCUCCUGCCCUCCUGGACAGGGGACGGGGCCUCGUGGAGGAAGCGGAACUCGAACUGCUUGCCGUAGCCGAACAGCGGAUGCACCAGAGUGUGGACAUCGAACAGAGGAUCCCUGCGAGGGCGCAACGCGUGUGGAGGUCGAAGCCGUCGCACAAGAACGGCGCGCCGUCGUCCGUCAUCAGCUUCAGCUUGUGCUCCGGGUGGGCAGGAUGGCAGAUCUCCGACGGAGGAUGA